UAGUUUAGUCUCUUAUUCAGUCUACCAGGUAACAAGGAACCAGAUUCAUUGUUCAAGUUCCAACUCCAACUUAUCCUCUUCUCUUUUCUCAUCAUCUCUUCAUCUUCUCCUACUCCGUUCCUUUAUUUUCUUCUCAUUUUCUCUCGUUCAAUUUGCCAUUUUUUCCAUCUCAUAUUCUUUUCGCGUGUAAAUUCAUCUUCUAAUCUCUUUGGAUAAACAUGCGUGAGUGUAUUAGUGUCCAUGUUGGUCAAGCUGGAGUUCAAAUGGGCAAUGCCUGUUGGGAACUUUAUUGUUUAGAACAUGGUAUUCAACCUGAUGGUCAAAUGCCAAGUGAUAAAUCAGUUGGAUCGGGUGAUGAUUCAUUUAAUACCUUUUUCAGUGAAACAUCGGCAGGUAAACAUGUUCCAAGGGCUGUUUUCAUCGAUCUCGAACCCACAGUAGUUGACGAAGUACGAACUGGAACUUAUCGUCAACUUUUCCAUCCCGAGCAAUUAAUCACCGGCAAAGAAGAUGCUGCUAACAAUUAUGCUCGUGGUCAUUACACCAUCGGCAAGGAAAUAGUGGACGUUGUUCUGGACAAGAUUAGGAAACUUUCUGAACAAACUACUGGUCUUCAAGGAUUCCUGGUUUUCCACAGUUUCGGUGGUGGAACUGGAUCAGGAUUCACUAGUCUUUUGAUGGAACGAUUAUCAGUUGAUUAUGGUAAAAAAUCUAAAUUAGAAUUUAGCAUUUAUCCAGCCCCCCAAGUAUCAACCGCCGUUGUCGAGCCAUAUAAUUCGGUAUUAACCACCCACACCACAUUGGAACACUCAGACUGUGCAUUCAUGGUAGAUAAUGAGGCCAUUUAUGAUAUUUGUCGUCGAAACUUGGACAUUGAUCGACCCACUUACACUAAUCUUAACCGUCUCAUAGGUCAAAUUGUAUCUUCGAUUACUGCAUCUCUCCGUUUCGAUGGUGCUCUCAAUGUUGAUCUAACUGAAUUCCAAACUAACUUGGUACCUUAUCCACGAAUUCAUUUCCCUCUUGCAACUUAUGGUCCCGUUAUCUCAGCUGAGAAAGCUUAUCAUGAACAAUUGACCGUUGGUGAGAUUACCAAUGCCUGUUUCGAACCACAAAACCAAAUGGUCAAAUGUGACACUCGACAAGGUAAAUACAUGGCAGUUUGUCUUCUUUACCGAGGUGAUGUGGUUCCAAAGGAUGUUAACGCAGCCAUUGCUUCAAUUAAAACAAAACGAUCAAUACAAUUUGUUGAUUGGUGUCCCACCGGUUUUAAAGUUGGUAUCAAUUACCAACCACCAACCGUUGUACCCGGAGGUGAUCUGGCUAAGGUUCAACGAGCCGUUUGUAUGCUUUCCAAUACAACAGCGAUCGCUGAAGCUUGGGCUCGAUUGGAUCAUAAGUUUGACCUUAUGUACGCUAAACGAGCCUUUGUCCAUUGGUAUGUUGGCGAAGGUAUGGAAGAAGGUGAAUUCUCAGAGGCCCGAGAAGAUUUGGCAGCAUUGGAAAAAGAUUAUGAAGAAGUUGGCCUGGAAUCGACGGACGGUGAUGGCGAUGAUGACACUCACGAAUAUUAGGUACCAAUAAUAAUCUAAUUAGACAAAGAAAAAAAAGGACACCAGAAUUCUGAUAAAAAGCAAUUAAAUGAUUAAAACAUUUUCGAACACGAUGAAAACCAGUCCCAUACCCUCAGGCAUUGAUUGCAAAACGUAAAAACACCGAAGCUGAAUUAAUCUUUCGCAAAUCUCAAAUUUUAUGCCUACGGUCUUUCUAAUUACCUUUUUUUGCUAAUGAUUAUCAGUUAAUUGUAUCUCAAUCUAUUCUUAAUAUCGUUCUCCCUUCCAUAGAUUUAUUAUGUAUUCGUGUUAUGUGUUUACCCGUCUACUCAUUUUACUACUUAAUCAAUCGCCCGUUUAAAGUUAAAUUUGUCCUAUUGUUUUCUUACCUUGAUGAAGAAAAUUUUUCCUCUCAACUUGAUAUUUUACUAUUACCAAUUAUCUUAAUCACCCGCAUUUAUCACCUUCCCUUUGGAAAUAACGUCGCAAAAACUUUUCCUAUUAAGAGAUUAUCUCAGAUUAUCCAUUGUGGUCAAUACAUUGUCAGGAGAAAUCACCAACCAUCAUAAUCCAUGGCUUUUACUUUCGAUGCACCAAAAAUCAAACGGACGUUCCACCGAAAAAAAAACAAACAAAAUGAUUAACUAAAUCAGGAAAAUUAAGCUGAUUAAGUAAAAGAAAAACAAUAAUCAUGAAAGUCAUUGUAAUCAACCGUCAGAUAGAUUUAAAAAAAUUCUGCAAUCAAUAAUUAAUCAAUAACAUACUUUGGGUAAUCUUUUUCUCCCUUAAAAGAAAAGAUUUCAUCACAAUUUAAAUCAA